CAUCUUUGCAUUCUCCUCUGCAGCGAUUUAGCAUUCGUGUCUCUAUUUUCCGUUGUUGCUUGAAAGUCUCAACAUACCCGCGCAUCCAGUGCUAAAGAUUCGUUUCUCCCUGCAAAAUUGAAUCAGUGAUUAGACCCGAGUUGUGGGGAUCAACACUUUUACCAUUCAUCAGGCUCAUCAUCCUCCUCAACGACGGGUGCAACUUGGGGUUUAUCUUCUGGCUUAUCAGGCAUUUUGGGUGCUUUAUUUUCUUUUUCGGUGGGCUUUGAAGAAUUGUGAUACCCGUAGUUCUCGAGGGACUUCGGAGAGAUUUAGUAACCUCGGUUGUGACUCCGUGAACAAAUUUUUAAAUUCGUGUUAAAAUGGUCGCAAGAAAGAUGGAUGUUUUGGUCUACUCAGGUAUAUAGGACCAACAGCUUUUCAUGGCUCGUUCUAAGUGUUUUGAUAGGCAAUGGAAGUACAAUUGAAUCCGUUCGCCACUGCCUUUAUACUUUACGACGUUUGCUCUCGCCAAGUUACGCUGUUAUUCCAGUCACUGAUACUGUCAUUCUCAAAGAACCUUGGACUACUUCUUGCGCUCUUCUUGUAUUUCCAGGGGGUGCUGACCAAGGAUAUUGUCGCUCCCUCAAUGGGGAAGGCAAUAGACGCAUCUCGCAAUACGUUCGUAGAGGUGGCGCCUAUCUUGGAUUUUGUGCUGGGGGCUACUAUGGCACCACCAAAUGUGAGUUCGAGGUCGGAAAUAGACCUCUAGAGGUUGUGGGACCACGAGAAUUACAAUUCUACCCUGGCAUCUCCCGAGGAUGUGCUUUCAAAGGAUUUGUGUACCAUAGUGAGGAAGGUGCAAAGGCUGCAGAGAUCAAGAUCGGGGAUGGACUUCGCAAUGAAAUUGUUUCUCAAAGUUUUAAAUUAUAUUACAACGGCGGAGGAGUCUUCGUUGAUGCAGGGAAAUUCAAGGAUAAAGGAGUUGAAACACUUGCCACAUAUGGACAUCCACUUGAUGUCGACGGCGGAGAAGACCCCGCAGCAGUUGUCUAUUGCAAGGUUGGUGAAGGUGGAGCAAUAUUGACAGGACCUCAUCCAGAGUAUGCAUCUCUAGCUGGGUAUUUUGGCCAUUUGCUUACAUAUCUCCAGGUUUGCUGCCGUGAAUCUGGACCCCACGAUAAAGAUACCCGGUUAUGCAGAUAUUGUAAAGGAUCUAGCUGCAGAUGACGACUCGCGAACAAAGUUUCUGAAAGAAUGUCUAGUGAAGUUAGGCUUAUCAGUGAGCGAAGAAUCGUCCACGGUGCCGUCACUCUCUCGCCUUCAUCUUUCAUCUGUUCAUCCGCAUCUGGUUCCAGAGUUAUUGGCUUCUUGGGAAGAAAUCAUCGAUAAGGAGAACGGUGAAGAGAUUAUCAAGGGCGAAAAUGACACAUUUCACAUAGAAAAGCAAGAGAGUAUUUGGUCCGUUGAAUCAUUAGUAAAAUCAGUUCCAGCUUCAAUCGUCUCUACAAUAGAGGGAAAACCAAUAGUUGAGUCAGCUGCAUCAGGUGAUAGAAUUAUUGAUUAUAAUGCUAUUCCCAAACGACUCAUUCCGCAUGAGACUAGUUGGCCUGGCACAAAGGAAACACCCUGUUUCAAUCACCAUGUGUUUUACUCAAAUUUGAGACACUACCAGCAAGAAAAAUCCAGCGAAGCCGAAGAGUUUGGAAACACGCUACUAUACGGAGAGGUCGUUACAAGUACCAAUACAAUGUUAGAAAAGUAAGCUUCUCCUCCACUGCUUGAAGCAAACCCUCUUUAAUGGUUCCUAGGAAUUCGAAGCUUCUUUCUAGAGUUCCUACAGGCUUUACUUUUACAGCUACAGCACAAGUUGCUGGACGUGGCCGCGGUUCAAAUGUUUGGGUUUCCCCUUUGGGAUGCUUGAUCUGGUCUGUUUGCAUGAAACACCCUAUGGAGCUUGGAAACACAGCGCCGGUUGUCUUCAUACAGUAUCUUGCAGCAAUAGCCAUCGUUGAAGCUAUUCAUUCAUAUGACAAGGGUUAUGACACGGUCCCCAUUAAGCUUAAGUGGCCAAACGAUAUUUGUAAGUCUAGUUCAUCAUUUUUUCCCGCUCUUUCUGACAACAACAGAUGCCCAAGAUCCAUCCAAGCCCGGAAAGAAAGAAUAUGUCAAAGUUGGCGGCAUACUUGUUAAUUCCUCAUAUUCAUCUGGAAACUACGAUCUAGUCGUAGGUGUCGGUCUCAACACCACAAACGCCGCUCCAACAACAUCACUCAACGCUCUCUUACCCCCACAUCUUGCACCUUUUUCCCUCGAAAAACUUCUCGCUCGUUUCCUCACAAAAUUCGAAACCAUCUAUAAAACUUUCUGUCGAAAUGGCUUCGAUCGAAAGCUAGAAGAAGUUUAUUAUAAACACUGGUUACAUACUGAUCAGAUCGUUACUGUGGAGACGGAAGGUGGCGCCAGGGCUAUCAUCAGGGGAAUUACUACAAAUUGGGGAUUACUACGCGCGGAAGAAUUGGGUUGGGAGGAUAGACCUACGGGUAAGGUUUGGGAGUUGCAGAGUGAUAGUAAUAGUUUCGAUUUCUUGAAAGGAUUGUUGAAGCGGAAGGUUUGAGAUGGGCUGGGAGAGUAAAAUAUUACUUUUUUGUAGUAGGUUGUUAGAGAGAAAGAAAGGGAUAGAUGGAAAAAUGAUACAUUUCAGUAGACUUUUUUAUCU